UCCUUUGGCGCGGUUGACGUCAGGACAGGUGUGCCGUGCGUCGCGUUCUCUCACCUGUACGUCAGGUAAGACGCCCGUUUGUAGUCUCAGUCCGACACACAUACAGGUAACGAUUCUGUAAGGGAUUUGUUCCUCCCGUGUAAAACGACUUGUAGCCGUGAAAGGGGGUCAGGUGAAAAUUAUUUCCUUAGUAACUUGAGACCACAUCGAUUUUUCACUCUGCGUCUUUAAGUUUGCGCAGCCGGACUUAAGGGGCGAGAAGCACACGUGAGGAACUUCAGAAGGCGAGUUUGACCUUUGGGAGGGACAUAAGAAGGAAACACGCUCUUAAAGGGUUAAGGUAAGAACACAAAAGUCCAGGAUACGUCAAAAGUAUGACUAACGUGUGACAACUUCUGGUCGAGGGACCAUCGCUUCUGUUACGUCGGUUUUUCGUCCGUCAGUUUUCAGCGAGGCGCUUUGACAGAGCAGAUCGUGGACAGGGAAACUUACAACAGGCAGCCGAGUUUCGUACGACACAUCCACGACUGAUACUGUCCGGAGUUUGUCGUGAAUCGGACGCAUGCUGGGUAGAACAGCGCUGAGCUAGUGACGAUGUCGCGUCUGCGGAGACAAGUGGACGAGGAAGAAGUCUUAGACGUUCUCGACGCGAACCAGCGCCUGUCUCAGCUCAUCCAGGGCGUCUGGGAGGACUACUCCAAGUUCAAGGUUAAGGAGCGCGAGUUCAUGUGCGAGCUUGACGGCGUGUCGUUGUCCAACGGGUACACGAGCCUGGUGACGGUGCGGAUGAUCCGGGGGCACGUGCAGCGCUACCCGGACCUCCACCCCAACCUGCAGACAUUCCUGCGCAUGUACGACAGACUGAAGGACGACGGAGUCAACUUGGUGAAGCGCAGGAUCGUUCCGCGCAUGCGCCGUGCGCAGGGCUUUAUCCCGCUGUCGCUACGCGAUGCCGUGAACUACUGGAACUCUCUGGACGGCACAAAACGGAACCUGAUGGACAUUUCGAAGCGGCGGUCGCCACCCAGAGUGCAGCGGCCAAGCCAGCAGUACUUUGCUACCAUGAACCUUUUGCCUGAGGUGAUUGAGGCAGCAGCGAUCUGCCGGAACACGGUCGCGCGAUGCUGCCACGACCGCUCGGACUGGAGCCCGGCCGACCCCGUACCAGACGUGCACUAUCGCAGCGACACAGAAUCCACAGAGUCGGCGUCCGUCUGACUGGAACUUAGUAAGCAAGAGUUAAAUACCU